AUGAAGCUGAGGAUCCGAAACUUUCUUGAAAGAGAUGACAACAGUCGUCAAAUGCCAGGAAAGAAAGAUACCAUCACGUCCAAUAAGAUCAAGAAACAGAAGCGACUUUUGAAUGAUAGUAUGAAGCUAUUACAUGCAAAGUUCUUGUAUGAAAAUCCAAAUUCGAAAAUUCACUACUCAACAUUUUGCAAAAUGAAACCCUUUUGGACUGUGAAGCCCACCCUAAGUAACUUAGAAACAUGCAUGUGCAAAAAAUGUACAAAUGUAGCAUAUAUGCAUAAACAGUUAGUGGCAGAAAAGGCCAUACCAUCAAGCCCUGUUGAAGACAGUGUGGCCGAAAUUGUGUGCGACACCAAAAAUCACAAGUGUAUGUAUGGGGAGUGCUCUAAAUGUUCUUCAAAGAGAUUGAGUUUCAGUAUGCAUUCGAGUGCUGAAAAGUUGAUAACAUAUCAUCAGUGGGUAACAAAAGACAAACCGUAUGGUGACAAUAAGGUGUCUAAAGUUACAGUGAAAGAGAACAUAGAAAUUAAGCUGUCAGAAUUAUGCGACAAGUAUGAGUCGGAAAUUAAGCCUCGCUACUCAAUGCAUACAUAUAACAUAUAUCAUCAAUAUGCAGAACUCAGGAAGCUAAAAGAAGGACUAAAAGCGAAUGAGGUUGUAAUUCACAUAGAUUUUUCGGAGAAUUACGGGUGUAAACACGGGGAAGAUAUUCAAAGCAUUCACUUCGGGGGUUCUCAUGAACAAGUGUCCCUGCACACUGGUGUUUAUUACACGGCUGACAGAUUCUCAUCAUUCUGUACUAUAUCUCCCUGCACAAGGCAUGACGCAUCGGGUAUUUGGGGUCACUUGACUCCUAUUCUGAAAAAAAUCAAAACAGAACUCCCUCUCAUAAAUACAAUACAUUUUGUUUCGGAUGGACCAACGACCCAAUACCGUAAUAAAACUAACUUUUGGCUAACAUCUACUGUUCCAAGAACCCUUGGGUUCACUGAAAUAACGUGGAACUUUUUAGAAGCGGGCCAUGGAAAAGGUGCACCAGAUGGAAUUGGGGGUGUGAUUAAGCGGUCGGCCGAUGCAAUUGUGGCAGCUGGCAAUGACAUUGUUUCGGCUGAAGGGUUACUGGAAAGUUUGAAGGGACUAACAACAAUUUACCUGCAAUUCGUCACCCAGGUGGAUAUUGAAAAAUUUGAUAACCAAGUUCCAGAAUUGAGAACAGUGGAAGGAACAAUGAAAAUUCACCAGGUUCUGUAUCCAGGCCAAGCUGGCGUUGUGGAACACAGAGUAUUGAGUUGUUUCUGUGAACGUCCCUGUUUUGAAAAAACUCGUAGUAGUGUUAUUAUCUGUAAUAAUAAAACGCCAUCAACGGUACAAAACGCUAAAACGUCCACAACAAGGCCUACAACAACAUCAAAAGAUACACCAUCAAGGUCAGAAGACAUACCUGUACCAUCAACGUCAAAGGAUAUACAAUUAAUGACAAAUUAUGUUUCCAAGAAGAAUACCCUGUCGGUUAUUGAGCAAGUAAGUGCAACAAAUGCAUAUAACGGAAUGUGGUGCGUUGUUUUGUAUGAUGGGAAACCAUAUCCAGGUCAAAUUGAAGACACUGAUGAUGACUCAGUGGAGGUAAAAACAAUGAGUCGAGUGGGAGUCAACCGCUUUUUCUGGCCCGCAAGAGAAGACCGAAUCUGGUAUAAUUAUGAUGAUGUUAAUUACAUUUUUUCCUCCGGUUAG